CCUUGGUGGCUCUGUGAGGCAGAACCUGGGGGGGCGGGGGCGGGCUGGCUCCCUGGCCAGCCAUUGGCAGAGUCCGCAGGCUAGGGCUGUCAAUCAUGCUGGCCUGCGUGGCCCCGCCUCCACCGGCGUAGCGUCUGGGACGCAAGGCGCCGUGGGGGCUGCCGGGACGGGUCCAAGAUGGACGGCCGCUCAGGUUCCGCUUUUACCCGCGGCCCAGAGCCCCAUUCAUUGCCCCGGUGCUAAGCGGCGCCGCGAGUCGGCCCGAGGCCUCCGGGGACUGCAGUGCCGGGCAGGAGACCGCCAUGGCGACCCUGGAAAAGCUGAUGAAGGCCUUCGAGUCCCUCAAGUCCUUCCAGCAGCAGCAGCAGCAGCAGCAGCAACAGCCGCCACCGCCGCCGCCGCCGCCGCCGCCGCCUCCUCAGCUUCCUCAGCCGCCGCCGCAGGCACAGCCGCUGCUGCCUCAGCAGCAGCCGCCCCCGCCGCCGCCCCCGCCGCCACCCGGCCCGGCUGUGGCUGAGGAGCCGCUGCACCGACCAAAGAAAGAACUUUCCGCUACCAAGAAAGACCGUGUGAAUCAUUGUCUGACGAUAUGUGAAAACAUAGUGGUACAGUCUGUCAGAAAUUCUCCAGAAUUUCAGAAACUUCUGGGCAUCGCUAUGGAACUUUUUCUGCUGUGCAGUGAUGACGCAGAGUCAGAUGUCAGGAUGGUGGCUGACGAAUGCCUCAACAAAGUUAUCAAAGCUUUGAUGGAUUCUAAUCUUCCAAGGUUACAGCUCGAGCUCUAUAAGGAAAUUAAAAAGAAUGGUGCCCCUCGGAGUUUGCGUGCUGCCCUGUGGAGGUUUGCUGAGCUGGCUCACCUGGUUCGGCCUCAGAAAUGCAGGCCUUACCUGGUGAACCUUCUGCCGUGCCUGACUCGAACAAGCAAGAGACCUGAGGAAUCAGUCCAGGAGACCUUGGCUGCAGCUGUUCCCAAAAUUAUGGCUUCUUUCGGCAAUUUUGCAAAUGACAAUGAAAUUAAGGUUUUGUUAAAGGCCUUCAUAGCGAACCUGAAGUCAAGCUCCCCCACCAUUCGGCGGACAGCGGCAGGAUCAGCAGUGAGCAUCUGCCAGCACUCAAGAAGGACACAAUAUUUCUAUAGUUGGCUACUAAAUGUGCUCUUAGGCUUACUGGUUCCUGUUGAGGAUGAACACUCCACUCUGCUGAUUCUUGGCGUGCUGCUCACCCUGAGGUAUUUGGUGCCCUUGCUGCAGCAGCAGGUCAAGGACACAAGCCUGAAAGGCAGCUUUGGGGUGACACGGAAAGAAAUGGAAGUCUCUCCUUCUGCAGAGCAGCUUGUCCAGGUUUAUGAACUGACGUUACAUCAUACACAGCACCAAGACCACAAUGUUGUGACCGGAGCCCUGGAGCUGUUGCAGCAGCUCUUCAGAACGCCUCCACCCGAGCUUCUGCAAACCCUGACCACUGUCGGGGGCAUUGGGCAGCUCACCGCUGCUAAGGAGGAGUCUGGUGGCCGAAGCCGUAGUGGGAGCAUCGUGGAACUUAUAGCUGGAGGGGGUUCCUCAUGCAGCCCUGUCCUUUCAAGAAAACAAAAAGGCAAAGUGCUCUUAGGAGAAGAAGAAGCCUUGGAGGAUGACUCUGAAUCGAGAUCGGAUGUCAGCAGCUCUGCCUUAGCAGCCUCAGUGAAGGAUGAGAUCAGUGGAGAGCUGGCUGCUUCUUCAGGGGUUUCCACUCCAGGAUCAGCAGGUCACGACAUCAUCACAGAGCAGCCACGAUCACAGCACACGCUGCAGGCGGACUCAGUGGAUCUGGCCGGCUGUGACUUGACAAGCUCUGCCACUGAUGGGGAUGAGGAGGAUAUCUUGAGCCACAGCUCCAGUCAGGUCAGCGCCGUCCCAUCUGACCCUGCCAUGGACCUGAAUGAUGGGACCCAGGCCUCCUCGCCCAUCAGCGACAGCUCCCAGACCACCACUGAAGGGCCUGAUUCAGCUGUCACCCCUUCAGACAGUUCUGAAAUUGUGUUAGACGGUACCGACAACCAGUAUUUGGGCCUGCAGAUUGGACAGCCCCAGGAUGAAGAUGAGGAAGCCACAGGUAUUCUUCCUGAUGAAGCCUCGGAGGCCUUCAGGAACUCUUCCAUGGCCCUUCAACAGGCACAUUUAUUGAAAAACAUGAGUCACAGCAGGCAGCCUUCUGACAGCAGUGUUGAUAAAUUUGUGUUGAGAGAUGAAGCUACUGAACCGGGUGAUCAAGAAAACAAGCCUUGCCGCAUCAAAGGUGACAUCGGACAGUCCACCGAUGAUGACUCUGCACCUCUUGUCCAUUGUGUCCGCCUUUUAUCUGCUUCGUUUUUGCUAACAGGGGGAAAAAAUGUGCUGGUUCCGGACAGGGAUGUGAGGGUCAGCGUGAAGGCCCUGGCCCUCAGCUGUGUGGGAGCAGCUGUGGCCCUCCACCCAGAAUCUUUCUUCAGCAAACUCUAUAAAGUUCCUCUUGACACCACGGAAUACCCUGAGGAACAGUAUGUCUCAGACAUCUUGAACUACAUCGAUCAUGGAGACCCACAGGUUCGCGGAGCCACUGCCAUUCUCUGUGGGACCCUCAUCUGCUCCAUCCUCAGCAGGUCCCGCUUCCACGUGGGAGAUUGGAUGGGCACCAUUAGAACCCUCACAGGAAAUACAUUUUCUUUGGCGGAUUGCAUUCCUUUGCUGCGGAAAACACUGAAGGAUGAGUCUUCUGUUACUUGCAAGUUAGCUUGUACAGCUGUGAGGCAUUGUGCCAUGAGUCUCUGCAGCAGCAGCUACAGUGAGUUAGGACUGCAGCUGAUCAUCGAUGUGCUGACUCUGAGGAACAGUUCCUAUUGGCUGGUGAGGACAGAGCUUCUGGAAACCCUUGCGGAGAUGGACUUCAGGCUGGUGAGCUUUUUGGAGGCAAAAGCAGAAAACUUACACAGAGGGGCUCAUCAUUAUACAGGGCUUUUAAAACUGCAAGAACGAGUGCUCAAUAAUGUUGUCAUCCAUUUGCUUGGGGAUGAAGACCCCAGGGUGCGACAUGUUGCCGCAGCAUCAUUAAUUAGGCUUGUCCCAAAGCUGUUUUAUAAAUGUGACCAAGGACAAGCUGAUCCAGUAGUGGCCGUGGCAAGAGAUCAAAGCAGUGUUUACCUGAAACUUCUCAUGCAUGAGACACAGCCUCCAUCUCAUUUCUCCGUCAGCACAAUAACCAGAAUAUAUAGAGGCUAUAACCUACUACCAAGCAUAACAGAUGUCACUAUGGAAAAUAACCUUUCAAGAGUUAUUGCAGCAGUUUCUCAUGAACUAAUCACAUCAACCACCAGAGCACUCACAUUUGGAUGCUGUGAAGCUUUGUGUCUUCUUUCCACUGCCUUCCCAGUUUGCAUUUGGAGUUUAGGUUGGCACUGUGGAGUGCCUCCACUGAGUGCCUCAGAUGAGUCUAGGAAGAGCUGUACCGUUGGGAUGGCCACAAUGAUUCUGACCCUGCUCUCGUCAGCUUGGUUCCCAUUGGAUCUCUCAGCCCAUCAAGAUGCUUUGAUUUUGGCCGGAAACUUGCUUGCAGCCAGUGCUCCCAAAUCUCUGAGAAGUUCAUGGGCCUCUGAAGAAGAAGCCAACCCAGCAGCCACCAAGCAAGAGGAGGUCUGGCCAGCCCUGGGGGACCGGGCCCUGGUGCCCAUGGUGGAACAGCUCUUCUCCCACCUGCUGAAGGUGAUUAACAUUUGUGCCCACGUCCUGGAUGACGUGGCUCCUGGACCCGCAAUAAAGGCAGCCUUGCCUUCUCUAACAAACCCCCCUUCUCUAAGUCCCAUCCGACGAAAGGGGAAGGAGAAAGAACCAGGAGAACAAGCAUCUGUACCAUUGAGUCCCAAGAAAGGCAGUGAGGCCAGUGCAGCUUCUAGACAAUCUGAUACCUCGGGUCCUGUUACAACAAGUAAAUCCUCAUCACUGGGGAGUUUCUAUCAUCUUCCUUCAUACCUCAAACUGCAUGAUGUCCUGAAAGCUACACACGCUAACUACAAGGUCACCUUGGAUCUUCAGAACAGCACGGAAAAGUUUGGAGGGUUUCUCCGCUCAGCCUUGGAUGUUCUUUCUCAGAUACUAGAGCUGGCCACACUGCAGGACAUUGGGAAGUGUGUUGAAGAGAUCCUAGGAUACCUGAAAUCCUGCUUUAGUCGAGAACCAAUGAUGGCCACUGUUUGUGUUCAACAAUUGUUGAAGACUCUCUUUGGGACAAACUUGGCCUCCCAGUUUGACGGCUUAUCUUCCAACCCCAGCAAAUCACAAGGCCGAGCACAGCGCCUUGGCUCCUCCAGUGUGAGGCCAGGCUUGUACCACUACUGCUUCAUGGCCCCGUACACCCACUUCACCCAGGCCCUCGCUGACGCCAGCCUGAGGAACAUGGUGCAGGCGGAGCAGGAGCACGACACCUCGGGAUGGUUUGAUGUCCUCCAGAAAGUGUCUACCCAGUUGAAGACAAACCUCACGAGUGUCACAAAGAACCGUGCAGAUAAGAAUGCUAUUCAUAAUCACAUUCGUUUGUUUGAACCUCUUGUUAUAAAAGCUUUAAAACAGUACACGACUACAACAUCUGUGCAGUUACAGAAGCAGGUUUUAGAUUUGCUGGCGCAGCUGGUUCAGUUACGGGUUAAUUACUGUCUUCUGGAUUCAGAUCAGGUGUUUAUUGGCUUUGUAUUGAAACAGUUUGAAUACAUUGAAGUGGGCCAGUUCAGGGAAUCAGAGGCAAUCAUUCCAAACAUCUUUUUCUUCUUGGUAUUACUAUCUUAUGAACGCUAUCAUUCAAAACAGAUUAUUGGAAUUCCUAAAAUCAUUCAGCUCUGUGAUGGCAUCAUGGCCAGUGGAAGGAAGGCUGUGACACACGCCAUACCAGCUCUGCAGCCCAUAGUCCACGACCUCUUUGUAUUAAGAGGAACAAAUAAAGCUGAUGCAGGAAAAGAGCUUGAAACCCAAAAAGAGGUGGUGGUGUCAAUGUUACUGAGACUCAUCCAGUACCAUCAGGUGUUGGAGAUGUUCAUUCUUGUCCUGCAGCAGUGCCACAAGGAGAAUGAAGACAAGUGGAAGCGACUGUCUCGACAGAUAGCUGACAUCAUCCUCCCAAUGUUAGCCAAACAGCAGAUGCACAUUGACUCUCAUGAAGCCCUUGGAGUGUUAAAUACAUUAUUUGAGAUUUUGGCCCCUUCCUCCCUCCGUCCGGUGGACAUGCUUUUACGGAGUAUGUUCGUCACUCCAAACACAAUGGCAUCCGUGAGCACUGUUCAACUGUGGAUAUCGGGAAUUCUGGCCAUUUUGAGGGUUCUGAUUUCCCAGUCAACUGAAGAUAUUGUUCUUUCUCGUAUUCAGGAGCUCUCCUUCUCUCCAUAUUUAAUCUCCUGUCCAGUAAUUAAUAGGUUAAGAGAUGGGGACAGUAAUUCAACGCUAGAAGAACACAGUGAAGGGAAACAAAUAAAGAAUUUGCCAGAAGAAACAUUUUCAAGGUUUCUAUUACAACUGGUUGGUAUUCUUUUAGAAGACAUUGUUACAAAACAGCUGAAGGUGGAAAUGAGUGAGCAGCAACAUACUUUCUAUUGCCAAGAACUAGGCACGCUGCUAAUGUGUCUGAUCCACAUCUUCAAGUCUGGAAUGUUCCGGAGAAUCACAGCAGCCGCCACUAGACUGUUCCGCAGUGACGGCUGUGGCGGCAGUUUCUACACCCUGGACAGCUUGAACUUGCGGGCUCGUUCCAUGAUUACCACCCACCCGGCCCUGGUGCUGCUCUGGUGUCAGAUCCUGCUGCUUGUCAACCACACUGACUACCGCUGGUGGGCAGAAGUGCAGCAGACCCCAAAAAGACACAGUCUGUCCAGCACAAAGUUACUUAGUCCCCAGAUGUCUGGAGAAGAGGAGGAUUCUGACUUGGCAGCCAAACUUGGAAUCUGCAAUAGAGAAAUAGUACGAAGAGGGGCUCUCAUUCUCUUCUGUGAUUAUGUCUGUCAGAACCUCCAUGACUCCGAGCACUUAACGUGGCUCAUUGUAAAUCACAUUCAAGAUCUGAUCAGCCUUUCCCACGAGCCUCCAGUACAGGACUUCAUCAGUGCCGUUCAUCGGAACUCUGCUGCCAGCGGCCUGUUCAUCCAGGCAAUUCAGUCUCGUUGUGAAAACCUUUCAACUCCAACUACUCUAAAGAAAACUCUUCAGUGCUUGGAGGGGAUCCAUCUCAGCCAGUCGGGAGCUGUGCUCACGCUGUAUGUGGACAGGCUUCUGUGCACCCCUUUCCGUGUUCUGGCUCGCAUGGUGGACAUCCUUGCUUGUCGCCGGGUAGAAAUGCUUCUGGCUGCAAAUUUACAGAGCAGCAUGGCCCAGUUGCCAAUGGAAGAACUCAACAGAAUCCAGGAAUACCUUCAGAGCAGCGGGCUCGCUCAGAGACACCAAAGGCUCUAUUCCCUGCUGGACAGGUUUCGUCUCUCCAGCAUGCAAGACUCACUUAGUCCCUCUCCUCCAGUCUCUUCCCACCCGCUGGACGGGGAUGGGCAUGUGUCACUGGAAACAGUGAGUCCGGACAAAGACUGGUACAUUCAUCUUGUCAAAUCCCAGUGUUGGACCAGGUCAGAUUCUGCACUGCUGGAAGGUGCAGAGCUGGUGAAUCGGAUUCCUGCUGAAGAUAUGAGUGCCUUCAUGAUGAACUCGGAGUUCAACCUAAGCCUGCUAGCUCCAUGCUUAAGCCUAGGGAUGAGUGAAAUUUCUGGUGGCCAGAAGAGUCCCCUUUUUGAAGCAGCCCGUGAGGUGACUCUGGCCCGCGUGAGCGGCACUGUACAACAGCUCCCUGCUGUCCAUCACGUCUUCCAGCCCGGCCUGCCUGCAGAGCCGGCGGCCUACUGGAGCAAGUUGAAUGAUCUAUUUGGGGAUGCUGCUCUGUAUCAGUCCCUGCCCACUCUGGCCCGGGCCCUGGCACAGUACCUGGUGGUGGUCUCCAAACUGCCCAGUCAUUUGCACCUUCCUCCUGAGAAAGAGAAGGACAUCGUGAAAUUCGUAGUGGCAACCCUUGAGGCCUUGUCCUGGCAUUUGAUCCAUGAGCAGAUCCCGCUGAGUCUGGAUCUCCAGGCAGGGCUGGACUGCUGCUGCCUGGCCCUGCAGCUGCCUGGCCUCUGGAGCGUGGUCUCCUCCACAGAGUUUGUGACCCAUGCCUGCUCCGUCAUCCACUGUGUGCACUUCAUCCUGGAGGCCGUUGCAGUGCAGCCUGGAGAGCAGCUUCUUAGUCCAGAAAGAAGAACGAAUACCCCAAAAGUCAUCAGAGAGGAGGAGCAAGUAGAUCCAAACACACAGAAUCCUAAGUAUAUCACUGCAGCCUGUGAGAUGGUGGCAGAAAUGGUGGAGUCUCUGCAGUCGGUGUUGGCCUUGGGUCAUAAAAGGAAUAGUGGCGUGCCGGCGUUUCUCACGUCAGUGCUCAGGAACAUCAUCAUCAGCCUGGCCCGCCUGCCCCUUGUCAACAGCUACACACGUGUGCCCCCACUGGUGUGGAAGCUUGGAUGGUCACCCAAACCGGGAGGGGAUUUUGGCACAGCAUUCCCUGAGAUCCCCGUAGAGUUCCUCCAGGAAAAGGAAGUCUUUAAGGAGUUCAUCUACCGCAUCAACACACUAGGCUGGACUAGUCGUACUCAGUUUGAAGAAACUUGGGCCACCCUCCUUGGUGUCCUGGUGACGCAGCCCCUCGUGAUGGAGCAGGAGGAGAGCCCACCAGAAGAAGACACAGAGAGGACCCAGAUCAACGUCCUGGCCGUGCAGGCCAUCACCUCACUGGUGCUCAGUGCAAUGACUGUGCCUGUGGCCGGCAACCCAGCUGUAAGCUGCUUGGAGCAGCAGCCCCGGAACAAGCCUCUGAAAGCUCUCGACACCAGGUUUGGGAGGAAGCUGAGCAUUAUCAGAGGGAUUGUGGAGCAAGAGAUUCAAGCAAUGGUUUCAAAGAGAGAGAACAUUGCCACCCAUCAUUUAUACCAGGCGUGGGAUCCUGUCCCUUCUCUGUCUCCGGCUACUACAGGUGCCCUCAUCAGCCACGAGAAGCUGCUGCUGCAGAUCAACCCCGAGCGGGAGCUGGGGAGCAUGAGCUACAAACUCGGCCAGGUGUCCAUCCACUCCAUGUGGCUGGGGAACAGCAUCACACCCCUGAGGGAGGAAGAAUGGGACGAGGAAGAGGAGGAGGAGGCCGAUGCCCCCGCACCUUCGUCACCACCCACGUCUCCAGUCAACUCCAGGAAACACCGGGCUGGAGUUGACAUCCACUCCUGUUCGCAGUUUUUGCUUGAGUUGUACAGCCGCUGGAUCCUGCCGUCCAGCUCAGCCAGGAGGACCCCGGCCAUCCUGAUCAGUGAGGUGGUCCGAUCCCUUCUAGUGGUCUCAGACUUGUUCACUGAGCGCAACCAGUUUGAGCUGAUGUAUGUGACGCUGACAGAACUGCGAAGGGUGCACCCUUCAGAAGACGAGAUCCUCGCUCAGUACCUGGUGCCUGCCACCUGCAAGGCAGCUGCUGUCCUUGGGAUGGACAAGGCCGUGGCGGAGCCUGUCAGCCGCCUGCUGGAGAGCACGCUCAGGAGCAGCCACCUGCCCAGCAGGGUCGGAGCGCUGCACGGCGUCCUCUAUGUGCUGGAGUGCGACCUGCUGGACGACACCGCCAAGCAGCUCAUCCCAGUCAUCAGCGACUAUCUCCUCUCCAACCUGAAAGGGAUCGCCCACUGCGUGAACAUUCACAGCCAGCAGCACGUACUGGUCAUGUGUGCCACUGCGUUUUACCUGAUUGAGAACUAUCCUCUGGACGUAGGGCCGGAAUUUUCAGCAUCAAUAAUACAGAUGUGUGGGGUGAUGCUGUCCGGAAGUGAGGAGUCCACCCCCUCCAUCAUUUAUCACUGUGCCCUCAGAGGCCUGGAGCGCCUCCUGCUCUCUGAGCAGCUCUCCCGCCUGGAUGCAGAAUCGCUGGUCAAGCUGAGUGUGGACAGAGUGAACGUGCACAGCCCGCACCGGGCCAUGGCGGCUCUGGGCCUGAUGCUCACCUGCAUGUACACAGGAAAGGAGAAAGUCAGUCCGGGUAGAACUUCAGACCCUAAUCCUGCAGCCCCAGACAGCGAGUCAGUGAUUGUUGCUAUGGAGCGGGUAUCUGUUCUUUUUGAUAGGAUCAGGAAAGGCUUUCCUUGUGAAGCCAGAGUGGUGGCCAGGAUCCUGCCCCAGUUUCUAGAUGACUUCUUCCCACCCCAGGACAUCAUGAACAAAGUCAUCGGAGAGUUUCUGUCCAACCAGCAGCCAUACCCCCAGUUCAUGGCCACCGUGGUGUAUCAGGUGUUUCAGACUCUGCACAGCACCGGGCAGUCGUCCAUGGUCCGGGACUGGGUCAUGCUGUCCCUCUCCAACUUCACGCAGAGGACCCCGGUCGCCAUGGCCACGUGGAGCCUCUCCUGCUUCUUCGUCAGCGCGUCCACCAGCCCGUGGGUUGCGGCGAUCCUCCCACAUGUCAUCAGCAGGAUGGGCAAGCUGGAGCAGGUGGACGUGAACCUUUUCUGCCUGGUCGCCACAGACUUUUACAGACACCAGAUAGAGGAGGAGCUCGACCGCAGGGCCUUCCAGUCUGUGUUUGAGGUGGUUGCAGCCCCAGGAAGCCCGUAUCACCGGCUGCUGACUUGUUUACGAAAUGUCCACAAGGUCACCACCUGCUGAGCGCCAUGGUGGGAGAGACUGUGAGGCGGCAGCUGGGGCCGGACCCUUUGGAAGUCUGCGCCCUGUGCCCUGCCUCCACCGAGCCAGCUUGGUCCCUGUGGGCUUCCACACAUGCCGCGGGCGGCCAGGCGAUGUGCAUGUCUCUGCCAUGUGGCAGAAGUGCCCUUUGUGGCACAGUGGCCGGGCAGGGAGUGUCUGCAGUCCUGGUGGGCUGAGCCUGAGGCCUUCCAGACAGCAGGAGCAGCUGUGCUGCACGCCAUGUGGGUGCCAGGUCCUUUCUCCUGAUAUUCACCUGUUGGUUGUUGCCAGGUUGCAGCUGCUCUUGCAUCUGGGCCAGAAGUCCUCCCUCCUGCAGGCUGGCUGUUGGCCCCUCUGCUGUCCUGCAGUAGAAGGUGCCGUGAGCAGGCUUUGGGAACACUGGCCUGUCUCUCCCCGGUGGGGUGUGCAUGCCACGCCCCGUGUCUGGAUGCACAGAUGCCAUGGCGUGUGCUGGGCCAGGGGCUGGGGGUGCUAGACACUCAGCACCAUUCUCCCUUCUCUCUUUUCUUCUCAGGAUUUAAAAUUUAAUUAUAUCAGUAAAGAGAUUAAUUUUAACGUAA